AUGAGAUCUGAACUAAGUCGUAGUUCUCUAUUAGAAAAAUACAUCGUGUCUAAUGAGCUGAUUUUAAAAACCAUGCAAGAAAAUAUUACUGAUAUAAAAAACCAAAUUGCUGAUAUUAAAUUGACAAACGAGCGAUCUCAUAGCGCAAUGCAAGUAAAAAUGGAAUCACUUGAAUCAGACUUAAACAAACUCAAAAUUUCCUCAAAAUCUGCACCAAUAACGCUGGAAAACGAGUUGAUACUCGGCGAACAAAUUAUACAGGAGAUUCAGCAACGCAAAAAUAGAGAAAAAAAUAUCGUGCUUGUAGGCUUACCUGAACAAAUUGCGUCUACUCCUGAAGACAGAUUGUCAAAAGACUAA